AUGAUCGAAUUCACCGGGGACGAAGGAUUGUUCAAUUUGCGCGCUACAUUCCAGGGCGGGGUACCGCCUCAGGACUCGGACGAUACCGCGUGUAUGUACGCCACUUGGGUAGACGUCGGUGCCCCGAUCGUUGUGACACCGGGUCUGAUAUCUAGCGUUGGCACAAGAACAGCAAGUAACCACUCUCGUUUCAAAUGGAAUUUAUCCAAGUACGGGAAUCCCGUUAAAUGGUUUAUUACUAAGCCGGGAGAUGACAAGACCAAAGGGUUUCAUUACGAUAGAGUUGAAGCAGGAGCUGGAAUAUCUCUGGGGUAUCCAAGCCCCUUUUUUCUCGAACUAUGUGCCGAUGGUUCGGGCGGGAUACUUCGUCCUAUCACAAGCGAGAACGGAUAG